AUAAUAAUCUCUUCAACACGAAAGAAAAAUCUUCAAUAUCAAACCCGUCUCUCUCUCUUCAACUACACCUCUCUUUCUCGUUCUCUUUGCCCUCGCUCUUAGAUUAUCGCUAUCUUCGUUGCACGGCUGGCUGCCGAUGUAAGAUGUUCAGUAAAAGAGAAGGUGGUGUUUUUCUUCAUAUUUCUAUCUAGUGCUUUGUUGAAGAAUUAUUCCCUUGUGUCCAUGGCUGCUGAUCAGAGGAGGAAACGAAUAAAUGGUGCAAGCAUUGUUGGUUAUGGUUCUAGAGAGCAUCACAGGACCAAAAGAAAGAAUUCGGGACAAGGUCAAAAUGAUUUAAACCUGAGAUCUCACAUCUCUGUUGAGUGGGAUAGUAAUCAGAAAAGGGUUGUGGCCAAGCGGGAACAGAUUGGCAUCAGUCGGAGACAAAUGAAACCAUUUGUCAAUUUUGUUUCUAAUGAUCAUAAAGUCUUGGCAGAUGUGUUUACAAUGCCUCAAGAAAUUUUUUCCUUGGAUAAUUUAAGUGAAGUGCUUUCAUAUGAGGUUUGGAAGACCCUUCUUUCAGAAAAUGAACGAAACCUUCUUAUGCAGUUUCUCCCUAGUGGCUUAGAGCCACAUCACGCUGUGGAAGAAUUGCUCUCUGGGAGUAACUUUCAGUUUGGAAAUCCCUUAUUGAAAUGGGGAGCAUCACUUUGUUUAGGUGAUCUCCAUCCAGAUAUGAUUGUUGAUCGGGAACUGCAUCUGAAGGCUGAAAACAGAGCAUAUUACUCGCAAUUAUAUAAUUAUCACAAUGAUAUGCUAGGAUUUCUAUCUAAGUUGAAGGAGAGGUGGAAAAGCUGCAAAGAUCCAGAAAAGGAAUUUUUUCAGAAGAUACGGAGAUCAAAACAUGAUGAGAAAAAAAUGCCUUCAAAUCUGAAUGAAUCUAGAAUUUUUGACCGUGAUGAGAAUGUUACAUCUGACUCAUGCUCCUGGGAUGCAGAGGAGAAAGCUUGUAGUAGUGACAACCAAAUUUCCGUGCCGAGAAAGACUGAUAAACUUCAGAGAAGGGUGCUUGAGAAAUGCACUGUGAAAGGUAAAUCCAGAAAUUUGAUGUCUACUAAUGAUAUACUGAUUAUGGGAGGGAAUCCUAAGAAAGGAGACAAAGUGCGGAAGCGUAAUGUUCAAUUUAUUGAUGGUGACAAAUACAUGUCAUGUAUCAAGAUUAGUAAGAAGCAGCAUGAACUUGUUAAGAGUAUGAAGCAGUCUGGUAAAAGCAUCCAAUCUAGGUCUCUUACCCGUGUUUUGGACCUUGAUAACAUUCACGUGCAACCAUACGAAGUAUUUGUCAGAGAAGAGCAAAAGAAGUUGCAGGAGCAUUGGUUGCAAUUGGUGAACAAAGACCUUCCUGUGGCAAUUGUAAACUGGACAGAGAGACUGAUACAGAGACAUACAGUGAGAAAUUCUUUGGUGGAAGAGAUAAAGGAUGAAUCAAAUCCAAUCUUAGAGCAAGAGGAUAAUGUAAGCUCAGGGAGCGAGCUUCAGGUUCAGGACGAGGAUAACAUGAGCUCAGGAGGUGAGCUUAAGGACCAGAGUGAGGAUAACAUAAGCUUAGGAGGUGAGCUUGACAGUCAUAAUGAUAAUGUGAGCUCAGGGGAUGAGCUUCAGCAUCAAUUGGGGGAUGGAUGUCUAAAUGAUCAGCCUGACAUGAAAGACCAUGAGGAUUCUUUUGCUAGGGCUCCGGAGAACCAAUCUCCUCAUAAUUCUUAUGUUAGUAAUGAUGAGGAGUUCAAUCGAAUGAGUGAUUCAGAAAAGAAUCUUUUAUCAAAAUCAGAUAAUGCCACCCUGAAUCAAGAUGAAGAUUCAAAGAAUAUAAACACUAAGGACGUUUCUAUUGAUGAAGGAGCGCCUUUCACUUCUGGAGAUGAUGCCUGGCAAGCAGUUGAAGUGCCACAGUCAUACUAUAAUUCUGCUGUGUCUCAUGAAUACACAACCGAUGGGUUAUCACUGGCUAAUCCUCAAGUUAAUGUUGAGCAAAGAGCCCAUCUGAUUGAUCUUGAAGCUGAUUUGCGUCGACAUGUGACAGGAAAAGGAAUGUUACAUAGGCAUUUAGAUGAUGGGACGUUCGGUUCUUACCAAAGCCAAGAUCGAAGUGUCUUACUUCAAUCUCUCUUGAAGGGAGAUGGGUUGUUAUCCUAUCACCAUGAACAAAAAGGAGCUGAGUUAGACUACCAGACUUCAAACAAUAUUAUGAUGGGGGGUGGCCAAUGUUCUAAUCAUUUUAAGGAUCCCUUGCAAAUGUCGCCGACAUUGGACCAGGGGCACAGGAGAGCUACUGAGGUUUACAUGACAGAAACCAUGCCAGAAAAUAUUUAUUCAAAUGGAGGAAGGUACUUAAUGUCCAGGCCAGAUCCAUUGGCUUCUGCAAACGUGACCGGUUGGGCUGCUAAUACGGCUCCCAUAGCUGCACCUUCCCAGUCACACUUAAAUACUGGAGAUUUGACUGGUGGUCUGCAAUGGUUCCCUGCUGGCCAUCAAGUUCAUGGUGGCUGGAAUGGAUCUGUUGGUGGAAGCCUUUCAAGUCAAAGUCUUGGCACUGGAACUAUUGGUGGCUGGAAUGGAUCUAUUGGUGGUAGUCUUUCAAGUCAAAGUCUUGGUACUGGAACUAACUCUGAUCAGAGCUUAUUUAGUAUUCUAUCACAGUGUAAUCAAUUACCUGCAGGUAGCCCUUAUGAUUCAGUCAGAAAUACUGAUCAGUUUCUUGCACCAAGAACUUAUGGAGUAGUAGAUGCAGGUAUACCCAGGCUGAAUGCAGUUGCGCCACAGGCUUCUCAUCCAUUAGAUUACUUAACCGGACGAAGCGAGCCACCUAUUGGUCUGGUACCUGAUGAUAUGGCAUGGAUGAGCUUGCCACACCAGAGUUCUGCAUUACAUGAUCAAAUGGGAAAGCCAUACCAAAGGUCAUGGCACCGCUAAUGAAUGUUCUACCAGAUGUCAGCAAAAUGUAGUCAGGGUUCAGACUUCAGAGCUUGACUUCAAGAGAUUGAGAAGAAAUGCACAUUUGCUCCUUAUUUUGUGGCUUAAGAAUCAUAGAAGCUGGGAAUACAUGCCCUUAGAUGAGAUAGGUUUCUGUACAUACCUAUACUGAGGUCAAAUCUGCACCUUGUACAUAUCUAGCUAGAUAUUAGAUGGGAAGUAGAGAAGCCAAGGGCUUGAGAUAAGCUUCAAGAAUUUCUGGUGCUUAGGCAAGUUACAUAUUUUAUUCUUAUUUUUUAUUUUUUCCCUUGGUUCUAGAGAGACAUUCUUUAAAAAUUUUGGAAGGUAAGAAAUACUGAGGCUGGUACCUCUUUAGUUUA